UAGGGGGCUGUGCUGUCUGGUGACAGCUCAGUAAGCAGCUGAAAUCCUCGGCUGUGGCAGAAUGGACAACCUCACCUUCCACCAGGAUGUUCUCUGACAGAAACUUUGGUUGCGUUCGACUGUCUUUUAGCUCAGCGUGGGUGUGGGUGAGCGUGGGUGAGAGGGCAUGCUUGUCUCUGUAAAACCAUGGCUCUGAACAGAGUGUCUCAACUGUGCCACGAGAUCACCAGGCUGUGGCUGCAGCUGAAGAUGAUAACAGAUGACAUCCUGCAAAAAGAAGAUGGUCCUCUGUUAGCAGCCCAGAUUGGCUCUGAACUCCAGAAGCAGUUCGCCAUCUUGCCAGGGGGCCGCGGGAUCAACGGCCACCCCGUCAUCUUCCUCCCAGACUUCCCAGCGUUCAGCGAGCUGCCGGAAGAGGAGCUGCAGAAUGUGCUCCGUUACCUCACAAGCGUUCCCAGCACCACAGCAUCUGAAGUGGGCUUCAUCCUGAUAAUCGACAGACGGCUGGACCGAUGGGCCGCUGUCAGAGCCACCCUGCUUCGCAUUGGAGGUUCAUUUCCAGCGAACUUGCACCUGGUUCUGGUGUUACGUCCCACUACUUUGCUCCAGCGGACUCUCUCGGACAUCCUGUUCAAGUACAACAGGGAUGAGUUCAAGAUGAAGGUGGUGAUGCUGAGUACAGUGACUGAGCUCCAUGCUUAUAUCGACCCAGGACAACUGACCACAGACCUUGGAGGCACACAGGAGUACCACCACGACAGCUGGAUCUCCCACCGCACUGCCAUCGAGGCGUUCGCUCUGAUGGUGAAGACCGUGGCUCAAACCCUGCAAGCGUUCGGCACUGAGCUCGCAGAGACGGAGUUACCCAACGAUGCAGAGGCCACCGUCGAGCUGCUGCAGGAACACACGUUGAAAAAAGACACAAUGAAGACGGACCUGAAGGUGGCGCUGUCUCAAGGAGGGCGUCUUCUGGCCUGUAUCAAUGAGCCUCUGCAGGCAGAUGCUGAAUACAACAUGACACAAGAUGAAAUGGAGAACUUGGCUACUGUUCAGAGACUCAUGGGUCAGCUGGAUGAAACAGAGACUGCGUUUGAUGAUUUCUGGGAACGUCACCGCACCAAGCUGGAGCAGUGUUUGCAGCUCCGACACUUCGAAAAGCACUUCCGUGAAGUACGCCCCCAGCUUGAUGUGAUGUAUGAGCGUCUGUCGGGUUUCUCUGAAAUCAGCAUAAGUCCCGCCCAUGCAGAACAUGUCCUGCGAGAGCUCAGCAGCCAUGAGGAGAGAGCUUAUGAGCUGAUAGACCUCGCCUUGUCUCUAGCCAAUGAAGGGGACCGGCUAAUAGAAAACUCCCACUAUGCUGAGGACAGCAUCAGGCCAAAGUGCACCGAGCUAAGAGGAGUGUGUGAGGAGAUCAGCUCUACUUUGAGGAGCAAGAAGAGCCUUCUGCUCAGGGCCUUGGAGCUGCACCACUCUCUGGAGAAAGCAUUCCAGUGGUGUGAGGAAGGCAUCUUCCUGCUGGCCAACCAACCAGUGGACCGAUGUCAGUCUCAGGAUGGAGCUGAAGCAGCUCUGCAGGAACUUGAGCGAUACCUGGACACUGCAGCUCUGCACACCAUCACAGACCGCGGCGCCAUCUGCUGUCAGUAUGAGGCUGUGCUUAAUCCUCAACUUAGGGACCAUAUUGAUAAAGUUUUCCAGAAGCAAAGUUCUGUUCAGGAGAUGUUUGAGAAGAGACGAGUUAGUCUGAAGAAACUUGCUGCCAAGCAAACCAGACCAGUCCAGCCAGUAGCACCAAGACCUGAGGUCAAGUCUCCACUUUCCUCUCCCAAUCUACAGAGGAAAGACAGGAGAUUCUCAGCAGACAGUGCCCUCUGUAAAAAGGGGGAGUCUCCUGUACACAAUGGGAGCACAAGGCACGCUUCCCUUUCAGAAGAAGAGGAAAACCUUGCAGUACUUCGUCGUCAUGUGAUGAACGAGCUUCUGGAGACGGAGAGGGCGUAUGUUGAGGAGCUUCUGUGUGUGCUGGAGGGAUAUGCGGCAGAGAUGGAUAACCCCGCCAUGGCUCACCUCAUCCCCAGCACCCUGCAGAGCAAGAAGGACAUCCUAUUUGGGAAUAUGCCUGAAAUCUAUCAGUUCCAUAAGAGGACGUUCCUGAAGGAGCUAGAAGCAUACACAGACUGCCCAGAACUCGUAGGCCGCUGCUUUUUAGAGCGGAUGAAAGACUUGCAGAUCUAUGAGGCUUAUUGCCAGAAUAAACCUCGCUCUGAGAGCUUGUGGAGACAAUGCUCAGACUGUGCCUUCUUCCAGGAGUGCCAGAAGAAGCUGGAACACAAACUUGGUUUGGACUCUUACCUCCUUAAACCUGUCCAGAGAAUCACAAAGUACCAGCUACUUCUAAAAGAGUUGCUGAAGUACAGUAAAGGCUGCGAUGGUGCUGAUGACCUACAGGAAGCUCUCUCCUCUAUCCUGGGGAUCCUGAAAGCCGUCAACGACUCCAUGCAUCUCAUUGCCAUCACAGGAUACGAAGGUAACCUCUCAGAGCUAGGUCGCCUUCUGAUGCAGGGCUCUUUCAGUGUUUGGACAGAGCAUAAAAAAGGCCAUGCCAAAGUGAAGGACCUGGCCAGGUUCAAGCCUAUGCAAAGGCACCUGUUCCUGCAUGAGAAAGCUCUGCUCUUCUGCAAAAGGAGGGAGGAGAACGGAGAGGGCUAUGAGAAGGCGCCAUCGUACAGCUUCAAGCAUUUGCUCAGAAUGGGCGCAGUGGGCAUUACAGAGAAUGCUAAAGGAGACAACAAGAAGUUUGAGAUUUGGUGCAAUUCCAGAGAGGAAGUUUUUAUAGUGCAGGCUCCAACGACGGAUAUUAAAACGGCGUGGGUGAAUGAGAUCCGGAAAGUUCUGACUCAGCAGCUCAAAGCCUGCAGAGAUGCCAAACAGCAGAAGAGUUCAGACUCAGCUUCUCCAAACGCCACCAGCAAUAACACCUCCGUCUCCCUUAGUCCCUUCCGUCAGAAGAACCAGAAGAAGCAGGAUGAGAAGAAGUUGGAGCCCAACCUGACCUCAGAGGCCAACUCAUGUCCAUCACCAAAACAAAAAGAUGAAGCUGUGUCCAGUCCGACCACUGACAGGUCCUCAGCGGCUAAAAAGCGUUUUACUUUGCAGGGUUUCAGCAACCUCAAGAGUCCCAAAGGCUCAGCUCUAAGUCCUGAGCACUCGUCCAAACGCCAUUCGGUCAAGAGCGACCCAACGCCGUUUGGGUUCAAAGGCUGGAACAAGCCGUCUCUAUCAGCGGACGCCUCAGAGGAGAAUGAUGGCUUCUCCAGUGGAGAGGACCCCAUGAACUCUGAUACUGAGGAUGAUGUCGUGAAAAAGCUGGCUCCAGGAAAGUACACUGUGGUAGCAGACUGCGAGAAGGCUGGUCCUCAAGAGCUGUCUGUGAAAAGUGGAGACAUGGUCCAGCUGAUCAGAGAAGGGGAGGAGGGACAAUGGUUUGUGAAGAACCUUCGCAGCGGUAGAGACGGCUGGGUGGCAGCUGCAAACCUCCUCAGCCUCAUCUCAGAGUCCAAAUCAUCUCAAUCGCUGAGCAGCUCUGAUGGCAGCGUCUCUGGGAACCUGAGCACCUCUUCCAGCUGCAGUGAGACCUACACCAGCUUCUCAGACAUCAAACCCUAACCUAAGAUCUCUGUCCCAUCUCCAUCCCCUUCACCUUUAAGUUAUUUUCUACUUGCAUCAAAAAAAUCUGCAGCUUUCUCUGACAGAACAGAAUCAGUGUUUCAUUUUUUUAUGAAACAGGCACCCCCGACUUUAAGGUAUUCUUGCACCUUACAAUUUUUUUUUUUUUUUAUCACGUAAAGCAUCAUCUCCUGUCAGGUCAACUUUUAAAAAAAGUUUUUUUGUUUACCGAAUGGGUGUUCAGUGCCAUAGCGUGAUUAUGUAGCAUAAAAAAAGACUUAAAAAAAAAGAAUAUCUGCACUAAACUCAGCAGCACUGGAGUCACCCUGACCCCCUUCAAGUCGAGGACAUUGCAGCACAGCGACAGAUUCUUAAUCAGAACUCGCACAGAUGCUAUUGAACAGGUAUUUCGCGUAUUCCAACGCCUUUAGUGGCUGGCAUUGAUCGUACACUGUGAAAAGUGGCGGCUGGCUGCAACAAGAAUCAUGCUGGUGGUGCGUCCUGGAGUGAAACCGGACCCUAGGACACGGAAGAGGUGUUAAAGCCCUGCUGUGUGUGUUUUUGGCACACAAAAAAAAUGUAAGUCACCGGAUAAACAAAGGUACUUAUGUCUUAAAGGUCGAAUGUCACCAAAAGCUUCACAUCUUGCACUUAUCUACUCAAAUAUUGGCAGCUUUGACAUCUAAAUACCUUUUUUUCAUUUGAAAUGGGGCCUCGCCUCUGAGGCGCGCUCCACUUUACCUCUCAGGAAAACCUUGUUGCUUGGUCAAGCAGGUGCAACUGCAUACCUGUGUGUUUUAGCUGUCUUUGUGUGCACAUUCCCAGCUGCCAGUUCAGAACAACUGUUUUACUGCAGGAGUUUCAAAGGGGCUGAUAACAGUCAAAUAAGUGGCGAUAUAAAUCACUUCCCAGCACUGUGUGACUGCGACCCUCGUCGCUGCACGUUGAAACUAUCAAAUGACGUCGCACGCCUAAAUCAACCGCGUUCAUGUUUGUUAUUUUUAUGUGCCAGCUGCACAAAAGAAAGCUUUGUCCUCGGUCCCCACUCCCAGCCCCAUUCAGGCAUGUGACAGACCUGCUCAACAUGUUUGAGGCGACGCCUGCGCUCUACCAACAUCUUAAUGUGGCUGACCCCAUUCAGAAAUAAUGAAACAGAAAAAAAAAAUGUACUUAUUGCAGGAAUUAAACAGGAGGAGGAAGCUGUAAUGUUAUAAACACUGGAUCACAGCCUCCGUCUGAGAGCAAACAUGGUUUUAUAUACCCCAGGUUUCUACUGUAUUCACAAGGCGCUGUAAAGUUCUCUCUUCCUUUAUUUUUAUGAACAGGAAUGCGCAGGGCGCCGGUGAACUAAGCCCAGCUCCACCCGUUUAUUGCUCAGAAUGAGCCUGACGUCUCUGCUGGUAAAAGGAGAGGAAGAAACUUUUACUGCAGGCCUUUUAGUUUCAACGUUUGUGUGGCUGACCGGCCUUAUGUGUUGAUAAAUGUACCUCUUCUAUGGAUGUCACCUCUAUACCUCAUGCUGUUUGCCCUCAAGAGCACGUAUACUGUAAAGAAGAGUCUGUUUGUCCCAGCUUUUCACUCCUUGUGGCAUGCUCCUCACAGCUCCCCAUUUUAAACCUUAAAAUAUAUAUUUUUUACCUGCCACUGUUCGUAUGUUACGAGAGUUUAUUUUCUGCCCUCUGAAGGAAAGCUGACGAGGGCACUAAAACAUGUCAGGGUUCGAUCGUGGUCACACCUUAAAGUGAAAUGAAUCAUUUGUAUGGCUGGCAAAAAAAAAAAAGAAAAAA